UUGUGAAAGUACCAGCCUUUUAUUUUUGAAAGGAGGUGGGACGCCUCGGCAUUUCCGCUAACGUCUUAGCUAUUGUCAUCGGUGAGCUAAUAAACAUCCGCGCUGUUCUGGUCGAUAAGGCCAAAUAGCACCAGCGUCAUGUUACGACUGCCAUCAGUUGGCCGAACUCUAGCCGGAGCUGCCAAGGGCGGCCUGGCUCCUGCAAACCCCGUGCGUGCUCCUGCGCGUGCUGCCAGCAACAUGGUGGAAGUGUUUGUGGAUGGGAAACCUGUGGAGGUGGAUCCUGGAACUACAGUGCUGCAGGCCUGUGAGAAAGCAGGAGUUCAGAUCCCCCGCUUCUGUUAUCACGAGCGCCUCUCGGUAGCAGGAAACUGCCGAAUGUGUCUUGUGGAGAUUGAAAAAGCACCAAAGCCAGUAGCUGCCUGCGCCAUGCCCGUAAUGAAAGGCUGGAACAUCCUCACGAACUCAGAGAAAACACGUAAAGCCAGAGAGGGAGUCAUGGAGUUCCUGUUGGCCAACCACCCUCUGGACUGUCCCAUAUGUGACCAGGGAGGAGAGUGUGAUCUGCAGGAUCAGUCCAUGCAGUUCGGUUCGGACCGCAGCCGUUUCUCAGAAGGAAAGAGGGCCGUAGAGGACAAAAACAUCGGACCUCUCAUCAAGACGAUCAUGACUCGCUGUAUCCAGUGCACGCGCUGCGUCCGUUUUGCCAGUGAGAUCGCUGGAGUUGAAGACCUGGGAACAACAGGAAGAGGAAACGACCUUCAGAUCGGGACGUACGUCGAGAAGAUGUUCAUGUCUGAGCUGUCGGGCAACGUCAUCGACGUCUGUCCCGUUGGAGCGCUUACCUCCAAACCCUACGCGUUCACCGCACGGCCAUGGGAGACCAGGAAGACGGAGUCGAUCGACGUGUUGGAUGCUCUGGGCAGCAACAUCGUAGUGAGCACAAGAGGAGGGGAGGUGAUGAGGGUGAUGCCCCGGCUGCACGAAGACAUCAACGAAGAGUGGAUCUCUGAUAAGACCAGGUUUGCAUACGAUGGCCUAAAGCGGCAGAGGUUGACCCAACCACUGGUGAAGGAUGGCUCGGGUCAGCUGACCCCGACCAGCUGGGAGGAGGCUCUGACUCGUGUAGCAGGAGCACUUCAGAGCGUGCGGGGCAGCGAGGUGGCUGCUGUAGCUGGAGGCAUGGCGGACGCCGAAGCUCUGGUCUCCCUCAAAGAUCUCUUGAACAGGCUGGACUCGGAGAACCUCUGCACCGAGGAGGUCUUCCCCAUGGCAGGAGCAGGCACCGACCUGCGCUCCAACUACUUGUUGAACACACGCAUUGCCGGCAUCGAGGAGUCUGAUCUGCUGCUGCUGGUGGGCACUAACCCUCGCUAUGAAGCUCCUCUGUUCAACGCCAGAGUCCGCAAGAGCUGGCUGCAUAAUGAGCUGCGUGUUGCCAUGGUAGGUCACCAAGUUGAUCUCACCUACACGUACGACCACCUGGGAGAGGAGACGUCCGUGCUGAAGGAGCUGGCUGACGGGACGCACCCCUUCUGCCAGGUUCUUGCUGCAGCGAAGCGCCCGGUGGUGGUCGUCGGCAGCAGCGCGCUGCAGAGAGAGGAUGGAGCGGCCAUCUUGAGCGCCGUCUCCACCAUCGCUCAGAACGCCAGAACCAGCAGUGGGGUGGAGGACGGGUGGAAGGUCCUCAGUGUCCUGCACAGAGUGGCCAGUCAGGUGGCUGCUCUGGAUCUGGGAUAUAGAGCCGGUGUGGACGCCAUCAGGAAGAAUCCGCCCAAAGUUCUGUUCCUACUGGGAGCCGAUGCUGGCUGCAUCUCCAGAGCCGACCUGCCGAAAGACUGCUUCGUCAUCUACCAGGGUCAUCAUGGUGACAUAGGAGCAACCAUGGCGGACGUCGUCCUGCCUGGAGCCGCGUACACGGAGAAAAACGGGACCUAUGUGAACACUGAAGGCAGGAGUCAGCACACCAGGGUGGCCGUGACUCCUCCUGGGAUGGCCCGAGACGACUGGAAGAUCCUCAGAGCUGUGUCUGAGCUGGCUGGCGUGACGCUGCCCUACGAUUCCCUAGACGAGGUCAGAUCGAGGCUGGCUGAAGUCUCUCCUAACUUGGUCCGUUAUGAUGAUGUGGAGGGGGCCAACUACUUCAAACAGGCCGUCGAACUCGCAACGAUGGUGAACCAGGACCUCAUAGCAGCUCCUCUGGUACCUCCUCAGGUCUCUGCCAAGGACUUCUACAUGACUGACUCCAUCAGCAGGGCUUCCCAGACGAUGGCCAAGUGUGUGAAAGCCCUCACGGAGGGAGCCGCCGCCGUCGACGAGCCGUCCAUUUGCUAAAAAAGCCCCACCCCUCCGAACUGUCCUCAAACGCAACACGAACGCAGUUGCUCAUUAAUUUAAAGUUUUCCUUUCCGCUUGUUGUACUCAGUGAAGUGACUUCCAGCAGCUUUGUUGAAUAUUACUGAGAAAUAUAAAUAAAAUGUAAAGACUUUACCUCAGAGGAAGGUGUGUUUAUUAUUCAUACCUUCAUAGUUUUCAGUUAGAAGUCUAAUUUAAACUCUUGACUUUCACAAAGAGGUAAAAACCUUUAUGUAAAGUGUGUGUUCACCAGGAAGACGACAAGCUUUAUCUAAACAUCUGACUUGUGAUGUUAUAAAAACCUUUAAAGAUGGAGAUCACGACUGGAUCCACAGAAAGCUGCUUUCUUCAGACCUGAGGAGUGGAGAGCCAGAAGCAGACUUCCUGUGGGAGAGAUCACUUGUUAAAAUAAAAAUCUAACUCAAACACA